GGCGGGUGAAAACUCGCUUCAGGAAGUAGUGCGCUGAAUUACAUUUACCCAUUUGCCGACUCAAAAUACUCAUGAUAAUCUGCUGUUGAGACUGCAACUACAAGUCCUUCUCACACAGCGCUGUCAUGGCUGGAAGAAGAGUCCUGGUCUUCCCCUCCUCAGCUGAGCUCGGUCCAGUGUUGGCCCACCUGGUGACUUCACGGGCUGAGAAGGCCAUCAGCUCUCAUAGCAGGUUCACUCUGGGUCUCUCUGGAGGAAGCCUUGUGUCCAUGCUUAGCAAAGAGCUGCUCGCCCUGUCAGAGCUAGACUGCAGCAAGUGGGUUGUUGGUUUCUGCGACGAGCGACUGGUUUCCUUUGAUGAUCCAGAGAGCACCUACGGACUGUACAAGAGUCAGUUGUUUUCCAAGAUCAACAUCCCUGAUAGUGGGAUCUUAACGAUUGACUGUUCUCUGCCAGUGAGCGAGUGUGCUGAGGAUUAUACACGUAAACUGAAAGAGGCUUUCCCAGGUGAUGACAUCCCUGUGUUUGACCUAUUGCUGCUGGGUAUGGGGCCUGAUGGACACACUUGUUCUCUCUUCCCAGACCAUCCUCUUCUGGAGGAAACCAAGAAGAUUGUGGCUCCUAUCAGCGACUCUCCCAAACCACCACCACAACGUGUAACUAUGACUUUCCCAGUGGUGAACUCUGCACGUUGUGUGGCUUUUGUAUCAACUGGAGGAAGCAAAGCGCCAGUUUUGAAGGAAGUGCUGGAGGGUAGAGAAGGUUCAGCAUUUCCAGCAGCACGAGUUGUACCAACCAAGGGCGAGCUGUUCUGGUUUAUUGAUGACCCGGCAGCUGCCUCCUUAACUAUCCAGGUAGAGAGGCUUGGCUCAGGAGCCAAACUGUAGAGCUGUCUGCCUAAUGAAGGCUGGAAUUCAGCAUUAUGUUAAGACCUCAAUGAAGAGUCCGGAAAAUAGUACAGAACAUUCCUAAAUAGGUGAGGUAGUCAGUUGAGUUUACAGGUAUGAUCACACAAAAAUUAAGCACCCUGUAGUAACACAGCACUUACUGGAUGUUUGUGUGUGUGUGUGUGUGUGGCUGGCUGUGGGGGCAGUACUGCUGAGGUACCUUUAUUAAAGUUUAAACUCUUCUUCCAUUCAAAAUGCAUGUUGCUUAUCAUUCCCUGUGCAUAAUAAUCCAUCUGCAGACAAUAGAAAUUUCAUUCAGUUGUUCAGCAAUAUAUUCAAGUGUGAUGUAGAAGCUUUUGAUUAAAAGACAUCUGAGUAAACUUUUAUAUAAUAAAGCUGUCUUUUUCUUUC